AUGGACAAUACAGACAUGCAAGGAAGUCAUGAUGUACAAGUCGGGCAGAAAAAGAAUGUAAAGUGCUUCAAUUGUGGAGGACCGUACUACAGAAGCGCAUGUCCGCUUCUCUCCUCCAACACUAGAGAGAAGAUGCGACAGAAACCAAGAAGACGAUCCUACCAUUGCAAGAGAGGCCAAGGCAAGAAAAUUGUCACCUUCGCCGCUGACAACGCUCAAAACUACCUCGAUGUCAAUAUCAAAGGACGUUCUCUACGCUUCCAGCUCGACCAAGCGCAGAUGUCACGUUGGUAUCACGUCGAAAGUGGAAGAAGCUCGGAUCUCCACUCUUGGAACCUUGUAUCAUGCCAAUCGAGAUAG